GGGAACGGGCACCUCUCUCAGGACGGAUACAGUUCCUUACGAACCCCCACAACAGAGAGGGUUUUUGCUACACAAAAGCAAAAGUAGACCUGGGAGCAGCUGGGAGUGAAAGAUCAUUGGGCCGGGGGCGGGGCCUGCAGAAGGCCCCACCCUUCUAGGGGUUGUGCGGGGCGGGGCUACGAGGACCAGGAAGACCCUCCCAGAGAGGGUUCACAGGAGCCGGAAGUCUUGUAGCUACGGUCUAGCAUCUACCUGCUCGCUUCUCCUCCUCCCUCCCGGGGCGCCCUGAGCGCUCGGAUUUCUGGGAAAUAGAGCCGUGCUCGCCUCCCCCGGGCAGCUCGCAGCCGGCGCUCCUCCCGCUGGCGCGCUGCCCCGUCCCCGAGUCUCCUCUGGCCUCGGAGAGCGUCCUCCUGUGAGCGCCCCUUGAGCCUCGCUGCCGGGCGCGCUCUCCGCUUCCUGGCUGCCCUUGUCCGAACGGGAGACUCGGCGCGGGAGUCCCGAUUUAGCCCCAGCGCGCGUGCCCCCAUCUCGCCGGCGGGAGGUUCCCCGGGACUGAUGGGCCGGAGGCUGCGCAGGCUCGGGAGGCUGCGCAGGCCCGGGAGCCCUGUGUACCCAGUUGUGUUUGUGGUCUCCCAUGGUGAUUUUAGGAUGGCCUCGGCUGGGGAUUCCUAGUGACUGGUUUUCAAGUAGGCUGCCAGCACUGGGGAAAGAGUGCAGAACCAGGGACUGCCUAGAUCAGAGCAAGAGAUCAGACUUGAAAUGAAGGACAUUACUGAGGAGAUAAUCCUUUCUGUGGCAGAAUCUCAGAAGUGAAGAUCCCUAAGUCCUUGUCACUUCACUUGGAACGAAAUCUGUGUUACACAUGACAAAAUCCACACUGGCAAGAUACCUUAUGAAUGUAACCAGUGUGUAAAGGGUGUUAGAAACAAAGGAAAUCUUAUUGGACAUCAGAAAAUCCAUGCUGGUAAGAAGCGUUAUAAAUGUAACCAGUGUGGAAUGGCUUUUAGAAAAAAGGAAAAUCUUACGGUACAUCAGAGAAUCCACACUGGGGAGAAGCCUUGUGAAUGUAACCAAUAUGAAAAGAAUUUUAUACAAAGUGACUCUCUUACUGUACCUCAAAGAAUUGACAUGGCAGAGAAGCCUUAUGAAUGUGAUCAAUGUCGAAAGGCUUUUAAAGAAAAGGGAAUUCUUAUUGGACAUCAGAGAAUCCACACUGGAGAGAAACUUUAUGACUCCGUGACAUUCAGGGAUGUGGCUGUGGACUUCACCCAGGAGGAGUGGGGCCUCUUGGACCCUCCUCAGAAGGAGUUGUACAAGGAGGUCAUGCUGGAGAAUGCCCAGAACCUGCUGUCCCUGGGGCUUCCAGUUCCCAGAGAAGAUGUGAUCUCUUAUUUUGAGCAGAGGAAAGCCCCCUGGGUGCUGGACCAAGAAGGCCUGAGGAGCCACUCUUCAGAGCAAGAAAUCAGAGUUGAAAUGACAGACACUCCUGAGGAGAUAAGCCUUUCUGUGCUAGAAUCUUACAAGCCAAGAAUGAGAAAUCACUGUGACAUUACUUGCAAAGAAAUCUGUGCUUCACAUGAGAAAAUCCACACUGGCAAGAAACCUUAUGAAUAUAACCAAUGUGGAAAGGGUUUUAGAAAAAGGAUAACACUUAGGGUACAGCAGAGAAUCCACACUGGAGAGAAGCCUUAUGAACCUAACCAAUGUGGAAAGACUUUUAGAUAUAAGGGAGUUCUUAUUAUACAUCAGAGAAGCCGUGCUGGGAAGAAACCUUAUAAAUGUAACCAAUGUGGAAAAACUUUUAGACAAAAGGCACAUCUUAAUGAACAUCAGAGAAUCCACUCUGGAGAGAAACCUUAUGAAUGUAAUCAGUGUGGAAAGAAUUUUAGACAAACGGCACAUCUUAAUGUACAUAAGAGAAUUCACUCUGCAGAGAAACCUUAUGAAUGUAACCAGUGUGAAAAGACUUUUAGAUGUAAGCGAAAUCUUACUGUACAUCAGAGAAUCCAUACUGGGGAGAAACCUUAUGAAUGUAACCAGUGUGGAAAGGCUUUUAGAGUAAAGGGAUAUCUUACUAAACAUCAAAGAAUCCACACUGGAGAGAAACCUUAUGGAUGUACCCAAUGUGGAAAAGCUUUUAGAGACAAGGGAGAUCUUACUGAACAUCAGAGAAUCCACUGUGGAGAGAAACCUUAUAAAUGUAAUCAAUGUGGAAAGACUUUUAGUCUAAAGGGAAAUCUUACUAAACAUCAGAGAAGCCAUGCCGGGGAGAAACCUUAUGCAUGCACUCAAUGUGGAAAGACUUUUAGACAAAAAGAAUAUCUUACUGUACAUCAGAGAAUCCACACUGGAGAGAAACCUUAUGCAUGUAACCACUGUGGAAAGGCUUUUAGACUAAAGGGAAAUCUUACUAAACAUCAGAGAAGCCAUGCUGGGGAGAAACCUUAUGAAUGUAACCAAUGUGGAAAGACUUUUAGACAAAAAGAAUAUCUUACUGUACAUCAGAGAAUCCACACUGGAGAGAAACCUUAUAAAUGUAACCAAUGUGGAAAAUCUUUUAGAAGCAAGGAAGGUUUUAUUGGACAUCAGAGAAUCCACACUGGGGAGAAACCUUAUGAAUGUAACCAAUGUGGAAAGACUUUUAGAUAUAAGGGAGCUCUAACAGUACAUCAGAGAAUCCAUACUGGAGAAAAGCCUUACGAAUGUGACCAAUGUGGAAAGACUUUUAGACAAAAGGGAUUUCUUACUGUACAUCAGAGAAUCCAUUCUGGAGAAAAACCUUAUGAAUGUGAUCAAUGUGGAAAAACUUUUAGGCAAAAGGGAAGUCUUAUUGGACAUCAGAUCAGCCAUACUGGAAAGAAAAUAAGUAAUGAAUAUGGAAAGAGUUUUGUAGAAAAUUCUGAUUGGUUUUUGCCAGAUUUGUAAGGACAUGUAAAGGAAUCUUUCUUUCUUAGGCAAUUGGAGUUAAGUGACUUGCCCAGAGUCACACAGCUAGAAAGUAUAAGGUGUCUGAGACCAGAUUUGAAUUCAGGUCC